AUGAGAAAGAUAUUUGAGGCUGGGAAAAUUUUUAGGGCUAGAAGGAUUUUUGAGACUAGGAGAAUAUUUGAGACUAGGAGGAUAUUUGAGAUAAGAAAGAUAUUUGAGACUAGGAGAAUAUUUGAGACCAGAAGGAUUGUUGAGAUAAGAAAGAUAUUUGAGACUAGGAGAAUAUUUGAGACUAGGAGAAUAUUUGAAACGAGGAGGAUUGUUGAGAUUAGGAGGAUUUUUAAAAUGAGGAAGCUUUUUAAGGUUAGGAGGAUACUUAAAAUGAAAAAGCUUUUUGAGCUUAAGAGACUGUUUGAGGCAUAG